AAGCAGCCUUGAGGAGAGCUGAUAAAUAUUUGGAAUAAUGGGAAGAAGCUACUUUGUAGAUGAAGUCGUUGGACAAUAUCUGUCCGAAUUUGCCGCUACCAAGUCAAAAGCUUUCAUCACUGGUCUCUUAAUAGGACAGUGCUCCCAGCAAAGAGACUAUGUCUUGCUAGCGAUUCGAACACCUCUAAAAGAGGAGGAAAAUAAAAGCAAUACAAAUUAUUCUUCAGAUUUGUCUAAUAUUGAUGAGGAAUGGGCAACAGCACAUGCCACUCAGGUAUCAAGGAUGCUUCCUGGAGGACUGCUAGUUCUUGGUGUUUUUAUCAUUGCCGUUCCAGAGCUGGCAAAAGAAAUCCAAACUACUUUACGGAAGCUUGUUUUUUCUGUAGAAAAAUCCAUAGCUAAAAAGAGGUUGUGGAACAUUUCGGGGGAAGAUGGGUCAGACCGAGUGGCUCUUCAUCUUUGUUCUGUUACGAAGAAAAUAAUUUGUCGCACUUAUGAUGUACAAGAUCCAAAGAGUACAGCGAAGCCGGCAGACUGGAAAUAUCAGAAUGGCCUCUCUGCUUCCUGGCUAUCUUUAGAAUGCACAACUAAUGCUAAUAUACACAUCCCACUACCGGCUACGUUGGCCAGCCACGACCUAGAGAAAAAUACAAGGAAUGGAUUAGUACGAUGGGCCAAACAGAUAGAGGAAGCGGUCUUUUUGAUCAAUGGUCAAGUCAAAGACGAAGAUGCCGACUUACUGGAAGGGCAGAAAAAGUCUACAAGAGGAAACAUGCCAUCAGCUACUCAGAGCCUUGACGUUAGGGUUUUAAUGCAAUUGUCACGAAAUUCAAACUCCAGGUCCACAGCAACAGUCCAGGUCUGCAGCGGUUCCAUAAAUCUUAAAGGUGCUUUAAAAUGCAAAGCUUACAUCCAUAAUAACAAGCCCAAAGUUAAAGAUGCUGUUAAGGCCUUGAAGAGAGAUAUAAUAAACACUCUGUCAGAUCGUUGUGAAAUAUUGUUUGAAGAUCUGCUUAUGAACGAAACACCAGGAAAGAAAAAUUCUGAAAGAGAGUAUCACACCUUGCCUUGCAGAGUAUUUGCCCCCAUUUCUGGGUCCAGUGUGUUGCUUUGCGAUUAUAAGUUUGGUGAUGAAACAGCUGGGGAAAUCCGAGAGCGUUUUCUUGAGAUGUUGGAUCAAGCUGUUCAAACAGAGGAUUUACAUACUGCUGAGGAAAUGAAUACGGUUGAAAUAAACCCACCGAAGGAGCUCCAAGGUGAAAUGCCUCAAAAACGGCUGACAAAAGAAAUGGUUCUGUUAAAGCUUCACCAAAACAUAGGAGCGGUGAUAGCUGUGGCUGUUGCAAUAUCGGCGGCAGCCUUCUCCUUUAACUACUUCAGUGAUUAGCCUUCCAGUAUUUAAGAACCAGCCUGAAACCUCCUGCCACCACAGAUGUACUCAGAAGGUGCACGCUUCUAGAAGUGAAUGCGUUAACAACCUAGCGUGUCACCUAACGAUACAAAUUAGCUGUUCUAACUAAUGAUAGCUUCAGCUGUCUUGUUUCUGCAUGCAAAUAGUGUAGGUGGUAUGGUUUUUAAAAGCGAGAGGGGGGGAAACCCAACACAAUCAACUGGCAGGAAAAUAAGUGUAAUAUAACAUUACUUUUCCAGGAAGAAUUGUCAAACGUCUACUUAUCUUUCCUUCUUACUAAAUAAAGGACCAUUGUUAAAGUUGUUACGUG